ACCGUCAUGUGCUACGACCGCUACGUGUCCAUCUGCAAACCCCUGCACUACGGGACCCUCCUGGGCAGCAGAGCUUGUGCCCACAUGGCAGCAGCUGCCUGGGCCAGUGCCUUUCUCAAUGCUCUGCUGUAUACAGCCAAUACAUUUUCCCUGCCCCUGUGCCAUGGCAAUGCCCUGGGCCAGUUCUUCUGUGAUAUCCCCCAGAUCCUCAAGCUCUCCUGCUCACACUCCACCUUCCAAAAUAUUCGGAUUUCAUUGCUUGGUGUCUGUUUAAGUUUUGGUUGUUUUGUGUUCAUUGUUUUCUCCUAUGUGCAGAUCUUCAGGGCUGUGCUGAGGAUCCCCUCUGAGCAGGGAAGGCACAAAGCCUUUUCCACCUGCCUCCCUCACCUGGUCGUGUUCUCCCUGUUCAUCAGCAGUGGCUUUUUUGCCUACCUGAAGCCCCCCUCCAUGUCCUCCCCAUCCCUGGAUCUGGCCCUGUCAGUUCUGUACUCGGUGGUGCCUCCAGUACUUAACCCCAUCAUCUACAGCCUGAGGAACCAGGAGCUCAAGGCUAUCAUCAAUGCAGAUAUUGAAACCCACACUGGCUGUCUCUGA